GCCAUGAGCCCGGACUUGUGCAGCUGGUGAACUACUACAGGGGAGCAGACAAGCUGUGCCGCAAAGCAUCACUGGUGAAGCUAAUCAAGACAAGCCCUGAACUAUCCGAGUCCUGCACGUGGUUCCCUGAGUCGUAUGUGAUUUACCCAACAAACCUGAAGACCCCUGUGGCUCCAGCACAGAAUGGAAUUCGCCAUCUCAUAAACAACUCAAGGACAGAUGAGCGGGAAGUCUUCUUGGCAGCUUACAACAGGCGGCAGGAAGGCAAAGAAGGCAACGUGUGGAUCGCCAAGUCCUCAGCUGGUGCCAAAGGGGAGGGGAUCCUGAUUUCCUCGGAGGCUGCAGAGCUCCUGGACUUCAUUGAUGAGCAGGGACAAGUGCAUGUGAUUCAGAAAUACCUGGAGAAGCCUCUGCUUUUAGAGCCAGGGCAUCGCAAGUUUGACAUCAGGAGCUGGGUUCUCGUGGAUCAUCUAUAUAAUAUCUACCUCUACAGAGAGGGUGUCCUGCGGACCUCUUCCGAACCAUAUAACAGUGCUAAUUUCCAGGACAAAACCUGCCACUUGACCAAUCACUGCAUUCAGAAGGAAUAUUCCAAAAACUACGGGCGCUAUGAGGAAGGGAAUGAAAUGUUCUUUGAGGAGUUUAACCAGUAUCUGACGGAUGCCCUGAACACAACGCUUGAGAAUAGCAUCUUACUGCAAAUCAAACACAUAAUAAGAAGCUGCCUUAUGUGUAUAGAGCCUGCAAUCAGCACGAAGCAUCUUCACUACCAGAGCUUCCAGCUCUUUGGCUUUGACUUCAUGGUGGACAAGGAGCUGAAGGUCUGGCUGAUAGAAGUCAAUGGGGCCCCAGCAUGUGCCCAGAAGCUGUAUGCAGAGCUCUGCCAAGGAAUCGUGGAUGUAGCCAUCUCUAGCGUUUUCCCCCUCAAUGACACUGGACAGAAGACGAGCCAGCCAUCAUCGUCAGUCGUGAUGACCAUGCAACAGCUGUUGUGCUCCUGCCAAAGUCCAGUGGCUGGCCACAGCCCACAGAAAAUGCCGGAGAAGUCCAAGAAAGGCUCAAAAGCUGCUUCAUCCAG